GCCCCAUUUCCUAAUUAGCUGCAAGUUUUCUAGCUUUAAUUCACUUGGCUAUCAAUUAUAUGCAAGUAUUUUCCUAUAAAAUAAGGCUCUUCAGUUUGUUGAGGAAGAAAGAAAGGUGUGGGAGCAGAUUGUGAUGAUAUCAAUUUUGGGAGUGUUCUUUUAUUUUCUUGGAUAGGUUUCACUUAAUUAUAUAAGCUAUAGAUUGGUGUCCCUUGCAUCUAAAUCAGCUCACCUUUUUUGCCCCCACUUCGUCGUGCAGAAGUAUUAAUUAGAUCUUAAGAAGGAAUGGCAUCUGAUACUGAUUAUGAUAGUGAUGGCAUGAGAGACAAUGGGAAUGGAGGCUCAUCUGAAGGAAAUGGCAGGAGAAGGAGGCAUCCAAUGAUGACCUGGAGGAACAAUCUGAGAGCGCUUGUGGUGGAUAAUGGAAGAAUAUGCCGGAUAAUGGAGAGCGGACUCCUGGACGCCUACGGCGUGGAAGUAGAAGCUGUGGGGACUGGGGAGGCUGCAGUGGAGCUCAUUGCUUCUGGAGAAACCUUUGAUCUCAUUGUCAUUGAGAUGUUUCUGCCUUUCAUGAGUGGACCUGAGACUGCUAGGACGAUUCGUGAGAUGGGCAUCACCAGCAAGAUUUUAGGUAUUGCCCCAAUGUAUUGGGAAAAAGAUGCACAAGAAUUUCUUGCAGCUGGAAUUGACGAGUUCCUUGAGAAGCCAUUUACACCAGAAUUGUUCGUCCCAUUCCUAAGGGAGAUUGACAACCAGAAAUGAAGCGCAUACCAAAAUAGAGGACUCAUUCCCAGGCUGAUCCUAUGAUAUCGUACCUUGAGUUUCCUUUUUGUUAUAAUCUUUUUCUAUGUUGUUCUUCUGGGAUGUACUCGAUUGCAGUACAUCAACAGAAGUUGAGUUGUUUGUUGGUUUGUUUCCUUGUCCUUGUUCGUUUUGUUUCCUUUAUGUUUUGUUGUUGAAGGCAUAAAAUCGGAACUGGGUCCUCUUUAAGUUUCAUGUAAAAGCCUGCAUAAUAAAAAAAAUUUCCCCUUUGUUCUA